UCACGCCUCCGAUGUGUGAAUCUUAGAUAUGAGGAGAUAAUACAGGAACAGCUAGUGUCAUGGGCAUACAUGACAACGAUCAGCCCUGAACUUUCAAACAACCUUGGCUACGAUGAAGGCGAAGACAUUCUGUAUUUUGUUGUAGGAGCAUCGCAACUUUGCCUUGUUCGUAUGAAAGACAUAGAGGUCGGCUUUGAAACAACUGUCCGAAACUGUUUAAAUGGAGGAAAUGUUGAUUCUGUGGCGCCUAAAUAUGAACAACGUGCGUGUAUAAUACCGAAUAACACUGAAACAGAUAUCCGUGAUGUUUUGUGUGGAAUAAAUAUACCAUAUCAAACUCCAAUUGCAGCUGUCGAUGCUAUUUUGGGUGUGGCCAUUCUAGAUGUUUACGAGACAAGACAAGCGGCUAUUUUGGAAACUGGUGGACACCAUGUAAUUGUUUAUAAUAAUGGUAUCAACAUCGGCCAAUGGAAUAUGAAAACUAUAAUACAAGAAGAAUAUUACUUUAGAGAGUAUCCGCCAUAUCAUAUAUGUUCUGAAAUGGUACAGCAGAUCAGAGUUCACCCAGAGGGUGAACAUAUUUACACGUUCACAAAUCGUCAAGUUGAAAAAUCACAAAACAUAACUGUUGUCGCAAAAUCUCCACUGUUUAACUGCACAGUAUACGUACAAGACUGUAAUGGGUGCCUGUAUAAUCCAGUCUGCGGUUGGUGCGAGCUACACAAUAGGUGUACUUUACAAACUCAGUGUUCGAGUGGAAAAUGGCUACGUCCAACAACGUCUGAAUUGCAGAAUAGAAUUGAAUUAGGAGUAAUUUACGAGCAUUGUAUCUAUAUUGACCUCGUGGGGAACUUCACAGUGCAGUUUUCCCCUAAAUCCGGACUUGCAACACACAAUGCAACACAGUUGAUGGUAAACGUCACCACCGAAAUUCCAUUACGCUUCUAUUUUGAUCAGCCAGCAGCGGUCUACGUGAGCAAUAAUAUAAUUUGUGGUGAUGUGCAGAUUUUAGAUAACACAUUUAGUGACGAUGAUUAUUCUUAUUACGAGUUCGGUUAUAAUGGUGAUUUACCCCCACCGAGGCGAAAAAGGAUCGUUAGCGGAGAACCGUUCAGCACAACCACACCAUCAUCACAUACAACAGAACCUCGAAGUUCCAGCAUCAGCACAACGUCGCCAUCUCAAACAAAAGUAAAAACUACUAGAUAUUACAGUUAUUCUUUAAUGUGUACAUUGGACCCACCGGGUAAUGAGCUGUCGUCUCCAGUCGCCGUCCAAAUAUUUAAUUUCCAAUUAUUAUCAGGAUCGUUCUGGCUUAACUCUACGGAGAGAUUUAGCUUUGUGGUACCUAAGUUGAGAUCCUUCGAUCCGAGGAAAGGGCCGCGCUCAGGAGGUACCGUUAUAGAAAUAACGGGUGAACAUUUACUAACUGGCAAUGACAUACACAUUGGAAUUGCGGGGACAGAGUGCCGUCUACUAGAAGAGUAUUCCAAUGAUACUCAGCUAAUUUGCAUAUCGGGAGCACAUUUGCCAAUACAGCACUUUGUGUCGAUCACAUACAAUGGUGGUUACGUAACGCAAUCGACACAGUUAUACGCCUACACCGAUGAUCCUGUAAUUGACACCAUAUUCCCACUAAGAACGUUCAUAAGUGGCGGAGAACUCCAAUACGUUACUGGUACGAAUUUAGAUUCUAUAGCACGCCCAGUGUUUGUAGUAGUACUAAUUAUCAACGACACAAUUGUCGACAGGUUCCAGUCGAUAUGUCAAGUUCAUAAUUCAACUACAAUGACCUGUCCGUCACCGGAGAUUAUAAUUAAUACCGAGUUUAACUCCACCCGGAAUAGACGUAGCCCCGUGGAAGAUAGUGAAAGUAUCGACGAUUACUGUAAAAUCAUACAAACGACGCGAGAUGGAGAACACAUUGAAUUUCGAAUCGGCUUUAUUUUAGAUGGCGUUGAAGCUUAUCAGUGGGAAAAUAUACAAAAUCAUCUUGACGAGAGAUUCACUACAAUUGUUGUCGCUCAGAACCCAGAGUACUACAUGUUUAUGAGUGAUAACAAUAUUGCCAAAUUUAACCCAAGUGAAGAGGACUAUCUGGUGAUUCAUGGAGAGCGACUAGACUGUGGUGCAUUGAAGUCUGACAUUGAUAUACACAUUGGUACGGCGUUCUGCAGUGUUGUCUCACUGUACCGAACCCAGCUGACUUGUAAACCACCGCCCACGAUGCCUCCAAGUAGAAGCGAAUUUGCUGCCUCUCAUGGAUUCCCACAUGUAAUGGUGAAAGUCGGGCAGUACAGUGCCAACACCCACUUAAUAGGAUACUUGAAGUACGUUGAUGAUGAGUUUACUCUCGAACCGUGGAUUAUUGCCAUAACUGUAGUUGUAGUUUUACUACUGCUCAUAGCAGUCGCUGUAAUUGUAUUAUAUAUUAUAGACGUGCAAGGACACCUCAUCCGUCCCUUACCGGAAAAUCUAGGAUGCGCCCACACGAGACAAAUGAUUACCAACCAGCUGUUGCCUUCAUACAAGGAAAGGACGAUUCGGAUGAACCAACCAUCUACUACAUGCCCCCAGAUUCCACAGGUUACCAAAAGCGUAUAGGUAUUAUGGAUCAACUGGACGAAGAUCUGCGCAUCAGAGUGCAGGAUACUCUUAUUGAAAAUCAUCUAUUGAGCCUUCGAAAUAAUGACGUCAUUGGCAAAGGUCAGUUUGGACGAGUUGUCCUCGG